UAAACAAACUAAAUUAACAGAAGGGUGUGAAUACUUGAAUGCCCCACAAAUGCCUCCGCUCACGAAACGGGACACAAGCACAGAUAAUGCCACAUGCCUUUUGCUGAAAUAGCUAAGCCGCCACCUAUGUCGCAAUCACCUGCCACCUAAACCAUCUCUUUAAUCAAUUAUUAUUACUGCUAACUACUAACAUUUGGGGAUCUUCACUUCAUUUAAUUCUAAUUCUUUCCAAUAACACAACAUUAACAAAAAUUCCACAAUAUGCCUUGGAUCAAGAAUCUCAUCCAACUUUCUUCCACAAGAUUCAAACAACAAUCAUCAUUCAAAUCUUUAACCCAACCUUCCCUCGCCCAAUUGCUGCAAUUCAAUAGAGACUACUCUGUGGCAAGUAGAGGGGUAGUAGCAGGUCUGGACCCAACAAAAGGGGACCAGAAACCCAGAGUUGCGGUCUUGGGUUCAGGAUGGGCUGGAUGUAGGCUUAUGAAGGGUCUGGACACAAGCAUUUAUGAUGUGGUGUGUGUAUCACCAAGGAACCAUAUGGUGUUUACCCCACUGUUAGCAUCUACAUGUGUGGGGACUCUUGAAUUCAGGUCUGUAGCUGAACCUAUUGGGAGGAUUCAACCUGCUAUUUCAAGUGAACCUGGUUCUUAUUUCUAUCUUGCUAAUUGCACCAACGUUGAUUUUGACAACCAUGUGGUGAGCUGCCAAACUGUGACGGAUGGAGUUGACGUCAUUGAGCCGUGGAACUUCAAUAUUUCAUAUGACAAGUUGGUGAUUGCUUCUGGAGCACAAGCGAUGACUUUUGGGAUUAAGGGUGUAAUGGAGCAUGCUAUCUUUUUGCGUGAGGUUCACCAUGCUCAGGAAAUACGUAGGAAACUACUUCUAAACCUGAUGCUCUCUGAUGUGCCUGGAGUUACCGAGGAAGAAAAGCGUAGACUCUUACACUGUGUAGUUGUUGGAGGUGGGCCAACAGGAGUUGAGUUCAGUGGUGAACUUAGUGACUUUAUCAUGAGGGAUGUUCAUCAAAGAUAUGCUCAUGUCAAAGAUUAUAUUCACGUCACAUUGAUUGAGGCAAAUGAGAUACUAUCCUCCUUCGAUGAUCGUUUACGUGUAUAUGCAAUCAAACAGUUGACUAAGUCAGGGGUUCGUCUUGUACGAGGAGUUGUAAAGGACGUGCAAGCUGAGAAGAUAAUUCUUAGUGAUGGUACGGAUGUCCCAUAUGGACUAUUAGUGUGGUCUACUGGGGUUGGGCCCUCGCCAUUUGUGAGCACUCUGGAUUUGCCAAAAGCUAGGGGGAGGAUAGGAAUUGAUGAAUGGUUAUGCGUCCCAUCAGUUCAGGAUGUCUUCUCAAUUGGGGAUUGCAGUGGGUUCCUUGAAAGUACAGGCAGACAAGUUCUUCCAGCUUUGGCCCAAGUUGCAGAACGCCAGGGAAAAUAUCUGGCAGGUCUGUUGAACAGGUUGGGUAAAGAAGGUGGAGGGCGUGCUAAUUCAGCAAAGGACAUGAACCUUGGAGAUCCAUUUGUCUAUAAACACUUGGGAAGCAUGGCUACUGUUGGCAGAUAUAAAGCCCUUGUGGACCUUAGGGAGAGCAAGGUAGCAAAAGGUGUCUCUUUGGCAGGAUUCACGAGUUGGUUAAUUUGGCGUUCAGCAUAUCUAACUCGUGUUGUAAGCUGGCGGAAUAGAUUCUAUGUGGCAAUCAACUGGCUCACAACUUUUAUAUUUGGUCGUGAUAUAAGUCGGAUAUAAACUUACAAAAACCUUCCAUCAGUUUGGCUAACCAUGCGAAUUCAUUAAAGGUUCUGAUUCUAGGGGACUGUUAACCGUUGAAGAAUGCCUAACUGGAAGGGAGUUCAUGCCUUUGGAAAUUAUACUGCCAUUAUUUGUGCUCUCCCUUUUACUAGGGGAUUGAAGAUCACGUGCCUAACAUUGCAAUUGCCAAAGUGGAUAAAUAAUAAGGCUUUUGUUGUACUUUACGAUUUUCCGUUCGUGUUAUCUUUGUGCUCCUCUUGCAUGGUAUAAGUUAUCAACCGAUGCUCCCGCUUACAGGACUGUUUGAGCUGAUCUUGGCUCGAAUUAGAGUGCAUUGCUAUGUGGCAUGUUCUUUAUUUCGUCUA